AGGUUCGGGAAGGCCCAGCGCUUCCGAAGGAACAAGGAUGACACGCCAGGGCCAUGCCAAUACACCCCGAUCAAUCCGAACGUGAUUUCAGAACGUCGCAGUAUUGGGGAGAAGACUGGAGUGAAACUCCCGGGUGUAUCGGAUGUGACACCUGGCCCUGGCGCCUACAAUCCAGUGAAGGUGGGUGAGACAUUGGACUAUGGAACCUCCUUCUACAAAGGAAAAUUGUGGAUGAUUGUCAGCCAAGUGGAGAGUCCCGGUCCAGCAGCAUAUUUGGCUGACAAGGAGCCCUCCAAAGCUACUCGAAGUAAUGGCUUCGGUGGCGGCCCACGGCUGAUCGAGACAAACGCCGGCGACACACCUGGACCUGGGUCAUACACUUGGGAUCUGAAGUCUAAUGGUCCUAAGAUUAGUAUGACGCCAAGAAGAGAAAUGGAUUACUGAGAAUUUCUGACACAAGCAGAACUGAAUAGCAGUGGAGCAAGAAGACUGAGAAGGAA